AUGUUGAUCGCUGGACGGGCAGUUGCCGGGUUAGGAGGAGCAGGGCUGAGAAAUGGAGCUCUCACGAUAAUGUCGGAAACUAUUCCUUUGCAAGAAAGGCCUCCGUACUUUGGGGUUGCGAUGGGUGUCUCUAUGCUGGGUGCUGUUGCAGGUCCUCUAAUCGGAGGCGCAUUCACUGCUUCGGUCAGCUGGAGGUGGUGUUUCUACAUCAACCUACCCAUCGGCGGUCUUGCAGCCAUUCUCCUUCUAGCAAUUCAAAUCCCCGGCAUAAACAAAGAUAAAAAAGCAAAAUCCCAAUCUGGGAUUCUUGGCGUACUAACAAAACUCGAUCCCAUCGGCUUUCUCCUCUUCUCACCCGUCGCAGUAAUGUUAUUAAUGGCUCUCCAAUGGGGCGGAUCGCAAUAUGCAUGGAAUAGUGCGACUAUUAUCGGUCUCUUCUGCGGAGCAGGUAUCAUGGCCAUCAUCUUCCUGGCUUGGGAAUAUUACGCCGGAGACGAAGCCAUGAUUCCUUUCUCUAUGCUCAGAAACCGGGUGGUCUGGUCUUCUUGUCUCGUUAUUUGGUUCUUGUUCGGUGCCAUGAUGGUAUAUUCGUACUAUCUGCCGAUAUGGUUCCAGGCUGUGAAGGAUGCAUCAUCAUUGCAGAGCGGGGUGGAUGUUCUUCCGUUUAUUCUUAGUCAGGUUGUUGCAUCAAUUGUGUCUGGGGGUUUGGUACGAAAAGUCGGAUACUAUUUGCCGUUUGUUAUUGUAUGUGGUGUCUUAUUGACAAUCUCAGCUGCUUUGAUGUCCACAUUUGAGGUAGAUACCACGUCUGGGAAAUGGAUUGGUUAUCAAAUUCUCGGAGGAUUCGGGCAAGGCCUUGGAUUGCAGAUGCCCUACGUCGCAGUUCAGAAUGUGCUUUCAGAGGAGGAUAAUGCAGUCGCUCUGUCGUUGUUGGUCUUUAUGCAGAAUUUUGGAGGCGCGAUCCCCCUUGGUAUUGCAGAGGCGGUGUUUAGUUCCAAGCUGGCCUCGGGAAUGGCAAGAUACGCAGCAGAUGUUAACCUCUCGAUAGUCGAGGCAGCGGGAGCUUCUGGCUUCAGACAAGCAGUGCAACCUGCACAGUUAGCCGGAGUAUUGAAAGCGUACAACUUUGCAUUGACCAGCGAAUAUUACCUGGCCAUUGCUUGUACAGGGGCAACACUUGUCGUCUGCUGGGGAAUGGGUUGGAUCAAUAUUGUGAAGGACGAAAAGGAGACAACAUCAUCCGAGACUCGAAGCAGUGGUGACGAUCAGCUCGAAAAUUGGAGGAAUGUUGAGUAA